GCGUUCUCCUUGCUGCUGCUCCAGCCCAGCACCAAUUGUCCUGUCUUUCAAUCCGCCAUGGCUUCUUCAAAGUCACAGUCCAGCAAGGGUGCAGACAAGCGGAAAAGGGAAAAGAUUGACCAGGAGGACUCGUCACACAAGAAGAAGAGGAGGCAAAGGCAGCACGAGGACACCCCCGAGGCCACCCCACGAGCAUCGUCCAAGAGGAAAGCUUCGGCGCCCGUUGCUGAGGAGGAGCAGCAGGCCCCAGAUCAGGACUCGGCCUUCAACAACCUGUUUUCUAAGCACAAGCCCCGGUCCCAGUCCAACGGCGAGAGCAACAAGUCCAAGGCCCUGCAGAAAUGGAGGAUCUCGGAGCCAAUGGGUGGCAGAAUGUCUGACAUAGAUCCCAUCUUCAGCGCCGAUGAACAGUUCCUUCUGGUUGCCUACCACACGUCCCUCCAAGUUUACUCCGUCGCCGACUCGCUCCUUGUCCGCCGAAUCGCACUGCCCCUGAUCGGCGCAAACAAUGGCGCACCAUACCUUGUGGCUACUGCCCUCUCCCAGGUGACGCCAGAGCUGGUGUGGCUCGCAUCAUCCGACGGCAGGAUAUGGAGGGUAAAUUGGAAGACAGGGUCCGGCUCGGAGGAGUGCCUUCGGACUGGGGCAGGCGUCAUACACGACAUGACCCUUGGUGCGGUCACCAUUAACAAGAAGGCCUCCGACAUCUUAUACGUUUCCGAGAGUCUGAAGAACAACUACAGGAUUGUCGCCUACGACCCUUCUGACCUGGCCGAGCCCAAAAGCAAGGUGCUGCAAAACCAGACAGGCAAAUGGGGCAUCUUGCGAACAGCGAACGGAGGCAGCAUUCUCACCGCCGCUGCGGGUAAUUCAUUGAUGGUGGGCGCUUUGCAACCAAAGAGUUUUGGCAGCGUUGAGAACCUUUCUUACGACUUCUACUCCAUCAACACGAGCGACGAAGUCUCAUGCCUGGGCGUGAGGCUCGCACCAAAAAAACUAAGCUCCAAGAAGAAGGCCUUGCAGGACCUGAAUGACCAUGUCCUCGACAUUGCGGUUGGAGGCGCACGGGGAGCCAUCUACAUAUACUCAGAUUUGCUCUCGCAAUUACGGGGGGCAGCAAAAUCCCGAAAAGGGCUCGAGACACCAAAGAAGCAGCACUGGCACCAGCGGGCCGUUCACAGUGUUGCUUGGUCCCCAGACGGUAAUUAUCUGAUAUCUGGAGGCUCAGAGUCAGUGCUCGUGCUUUGGCAGGUGGAUACCAACAAACUCGAUUUCCUCCCUCACCUGGCAGCGAGCAUCGAGAACGUCGUUGUUUCUCCCAGCGGCUCCUCUUAUGCUGUUCACAUGGAUGACAACUCAACAAUGGUCCUCUCUACGGCCGAGAUGAAGCCGACCACAUACGUCUCGGGGCUCCAGUCGCUGGUGUUCGAUAUCCAAAAACCAAAGGACGAACUCGUGGGCAGGGUCUUCGAGGGCCUGCGUGAGAUCAACGCCCCGCUAGCUGCGGCGAUCGACCCCAAGGACCCAUCACAGCUGCUCAUCUGCGUGGGAAGCAGCCAGCAGGCCAGCCGCACCGGGCCUCUCCCUGUGACACCUUUCCUGCAGCGCUUCGACCUCGGCUCGUUCCAGAGCAUCUCGAAACAACCACUCACGCGGACAAACACCACAGACCUGUACACCGCACCAAACGGCCACCCCAUCGUCGAGCCGCGAGCAUGCCAGCUCGCGUUCUCACAUGACGGGAAGUGGCUCGCGACAAUCGACGAGUGGGAGCCGCCAGAGCGGGACGCAGCCGCACUGACCGAGGGCUCCAGCGCCGCAGCCCUCGACUACUCGCGCGAGCGGCGCGAGAUCUACCUCAAGUUCUGGGAGGCCAAGGCGGACGGCACGUCCGUGGAGCUGGCGAGCCGGAUCAACGGCCCCCACUCGACGCGGCACUCGGAGGACGUCUUCGACAUCGCCGCGGACAAGGUGUCCAGCAGGUUCGCGACGGUCGGCGAGGACGGCGUCGUGCGGAUCUGGGCGCCCCAGCUCCGCGAGCGCGACGGCCUCGCGACGACCGCGCCCGACGGCCAGGCCCUGGUCGGCUGGUCCUGCGUGCGCACCGUCGCCCUCGGCGAGAGCAUCAAGUCCCAGGACGAGCUGCUGCCCCUGGGCGGCCGCGCGGCCCACGCCAGGAGCGGCGCCCUGACCUUCUCGGAGGACGGCUCGAUCCUGUUCGCCGCGUACGGCUACCACGACGAGGUGGUCAUCUACAUCAUCGACAUGGAGUCGGGCGAGGUCCGCACCACCCUGCACGACAUGUGCAGGGGCGCCGUCCGGUCCCUGCAGCUCCUCGCGUCGUGCCUCGUGAUCCUCUCGCAGGACCUCGCCGUCUACGACCUCGUCGCCGACGAGCUGCGCUACGGCGUCAAGCUGGGCGAGCGCCCCGGCGCCGCCGCGCGCCUGACCCACCUCGCCGUCGACGGCCGCACGCGCACCUUCGCCGUCGCCGUCCCCUUCCUCAAGGGCGCCAACGGCCGCCUGUCGCGCGGCGCCGUGUCCGAGGUCGCCGUCUUCGGCCUCGACGACAGCGAGCCCCUGCUCAUGCAGAAGCUGCCCCACCUGCUCACCGCCGUCCUGCCCGCGCCGGGCGCCUCGGGCGGCUUCGUCGCUGUCGACUCGGCCGCCCAGAUCUGGCCCGUCACGGAGGGCGCCGACGCGAGCAACAUCGCGCGCCCGCUGUCGGAGCUCAGGCUCGACGACGUCCCGGCGGCGGACGAGGAGGAGGCCAAGGAUGCGGCGGUCGUCCUGAACGGCGAGGACGAUGCCGCCAGCGAGGCCGGUGGGGAGGAAGAGGCCAUGGAUGUCGACGAUGAAGACGACGAUGACUACGACGACGACGUCCACGCCGCCGUGGUCGCGCCGCAGAGGCUGACUGAGAUCUUCGACGCCGCCCCCGCCUUCGCGAUGCCGCCCAUCGAGGACACGUUCUACCGGGUCGUCGGGCUGUUCGCGCAGAAGCCCAACUCCCCAUGAGAGACACGGACAGAGACAAGCAGAGAGGGAGAGAUUCCAUCCAGACUUGACGACGCAGGAUAUGAGAUUCGAUUUAUUCAUUCCCCUCCGGUGAUGGCAUAUCUCUGCAGCAGCCCAGGAGGAUGGGGGGGCCCAUCAGCCGGGGGGGGGGCGUGGCACAACGACCGCCGUCUGGAUGGGCAGGGCUGCCCGCACCCAAUGCCGCCCGGGGCCGCAUCUGGGGAAAUGCGAUACGCGAUGUUCCAUCGUCCCGGAGAAGACGGAGCAGCGGCGCCGGGAGGGAAGGAGAGGAAAUUGUACCCACCCCCUUCGUCUGCGGGAGCAGCUGCGCAGGCAGACAGACACGUGUGGCUCAGCGAGGGACAUAAAGACCCGUCGCUUCAGGGCAGUAGGGUUAAAGUGACCACCCAGAUGGCUGGCUGGCCUAUUCGCUGUAUGUGUAAAGAAGGGGGGAGGGGCGGACAGACAGCAUAGCAUGAGUGAAGAAUUGGGGGACAGAAAGCAGA